GAGAGUCAAAACAGACUAAUCAUGUUCAUCAAAUACACAGCGACAGACAGAACACGUAAGUACCGAAAUCAGGCAUGUUUAGAUGCAUUGUAAUGUUUUCACUAGUCAUUGCUCAAACAAACAUGAUUUGCUUUCCAUCCUCUCUAGCUUGUAAUGCGAAUAUUUUGUAUCUACUUAUUGUAUGUACAAAACUGCAAGUUGGGGGGGGGGGGGGGAGGCUAGUCAAAAUGGAUAAAUGACAAUGCAUUACGUGGGUCAGAACAUUCUCAUCUGCACAUCUUCAGAUCCAGUACAUGACACGGCUGAAAUACCUUCAACACAAGCCUGGGAGCCAAAAUUGGAAGAAACUGAGGUUGCCGUGUCGACAGACUGCCCGCCUUCCCAAGAUCCAGUACAUUACACUGCCGAAGCACCUUCACCACAAGCCUUGAAGCCAAAAUUGGAAGAGACUGAGGUUGCUGUGUCGACAGACUGCCCGCCUUCCCAAGAUCCAGUACAUGACACGGCUGAAACACCUUCAACACAAGCCUGGGAGCCAAAAUUAGAAGAAACUGAGGUUGCCGUGUCGACAGACUGCCCGCCUUCCCCAGAGCCAGUACAUGACACGGCUGAAGCACCUUCACCACAAGCCUUGGAGCCAAAAUUGGAAGAGACUGAGGUUGCCAUGUCGACAGACUGCCCGCCUUCCCCAGAGCCAGUAUAUUACACGGCUGAAACACCUUCCCCACAAGCCCUGGAACCGGAAAUGUAUGAGAUUGAGGUGGAGCUGUCCUCAGAUCAUGAAGAUGAUCAGGCGUUGAAUCUGCGAAAACGGGGCACUGCGAAAAAACCAGGCUCCCAAAAAAAGCAGAAAAAGCAUGCUGGAGUGCAUAAAACAAGCCGAAACGAGAGAGUCCUCUCAGAGGAUGAAAGCACAGACAACUCAGAAGUUGAUGUGAGGCCACCGAACGGGCGACCACUGGGCACUGCAAUUCAACUCCUCUCCCAAAAAAAGCAGAAAAAGCAUGCUGGAGUGCAUAAAACAAGCCGAAACAAGAGAGUCCUCUCAGAGGGUGAAAGCACAGACAACUCAGAAGCUGAAGAGGAAAGACCAUCAAAACAACGAAAACUGGGCACUGCAAAAAAACAAGGCUCCCAAAAAAAGCAGAAAAAGCAUGCUGGAGUGCAUAAAACAAGCCGAAAAGAAAGAGUCCUCUCAGAGGAUGAAAGCACAGACAACUCAGAAGCUGAAGAGGAAAGACCAUCAAAACGACAAAAACUGGGCACUGCAAAAAAACAAGGCUCCCAAAAAAAGCAGAAAAAGCAUGCUGGAGUGCAUAAAACAAGCCGAAACGAGAGAGUCCUCUCAGAGGAUGAAAGCACAGACAACUCAGAAGCUGAAGAGGAAAGACCAUCAAAACAACGAAAACUGGGCACUGCAAAAAAACAAGGCUCCCAAAAAAAGCAGAAAAAGCAUGCUGGAGUGCAUAAAACAAGCCGAAACGAGAGAGUCCUCUCAGAGGAUGAAAGCACAGACAACUCAGAAGCUGAAGAGGAAAGACCAUCAAAACAACGAAAACUGGGCACUGCAAAAAAACAAGGCUCCCAAAAAAAGAAAAAGCAUGCUGGAGUGCAUAAAACAGGCCGAAACGAGAGAGUCCUCUCAGAGGAUGAAAGCACAGACAACUCAGAAGCUGAAGAGGAAAGACCAUCAAAACAACGAAAACUGGGCACUGCAAAAAAACAAGGCUCCCAAAAAAAGCAGAAAAAGCAUGCUGGAGUGCAUAAAACAAGCCGAAACGAGAGAGUCCUCUCAGAGGAUGAAAGCACAGACAACUCAGAAGCUGAAGAGGGAAGGCCAUCAAAACGACAAAAACUGGGCACUGCAAAAAAACAAGGCUCCCAAAAAAAGAAAAAGCAUGCUGGAGUGCAUAAAACAGGCCGAAACGAGAGAGUCCUCUCAGAGGAUGAAAGCACAGACAACUCAGAAGCUGAAGAGGAAAGACCAUCAAAACAACGAAAACUGGGCACUGCAAAAAAACAAGGCUCCCAAAAAAAGCAGAAAAAGCAUGCUGGAGUGCAUAAAACAAGCCGAAACGAGAGAGUCCUCUCAGAGGAUGAAAGCACAGACAACUCAGAAGCUGAAGAGGAAAGGCCAUCAAAACAACGAAAACUGGGCACUGCAAAAAAACAAGGCUCCCAAAAAAAGGUACACCACCGUUCUUCCCAAGAACCAGAAUUGCAAGAAUCGUCAAGGAGUGAAGAAGACCAUGAGAAUGCGUUAGAAUGGGAGUAUCAAGAGGACAUUGAAUGUGAGGGUGAUGCAGAAGAUGAACUCAUUCUGAAGUACAGAACUCGAAACUCUAACAACCAAAAAGCCCCACGGCGACCCCAGCAGAUACCAAGAAAACUAUUCAUGCCCACUAAUGAGAUUAAAUGGUCAUCAUCUCCAGAUAUUGCACAACCUUACUGUCCUGCUACAUUACAUAAGGUACCCGGGCCCACGAAAUUGGCAGUGAGACAGGUCAGUGACAUAAGGUCAGCAUUUGAACUAUUUAUUUCCAAGUCAAUCCAGAAAGACCUUCUGAAAAUGACCAACCUUGAGGGAAAACGCAUUUACCGUAAGCAAUGGAAAGACAUGGAUGACGUGGAUAUGCAUGCCUUCUAUGGGGUCCUCAUCCUCUCAAGUGUCUACAAAUCAAAACGUGAGAAACCUAGAAGUCUGUGGGAUCCCAAGACAGGAAGACCUAUUUUCAGUGCAGUAAUGUCAUGGAUGGACUUCAACAAAUGCACAAAUUGCUUAAGAUUUGACAAGUGGAAAAAAGAAUGUGCCAGACAACAGGAGGACGAGUUGGCAGAAAUACAACCUGUGUGGGACAAGUGGGUUGAGCAGCUUCCACUUAUGUAUAAUCCAGGAUCCAAUGUGACUGUGGAUGAGCGCCUUAUUAAAUUUAAAGGCCGUUGCUCAUUCAAGCAGUAUAUGCCGUCCAAACUAGCAAGGUAUGGCAUAAAAAUCUGGGCUGCAUGUGAUGCUGCUUCAUCCUAUGCAUGGAACAUGCAAAUCUGCACCGAAAAGGCAAAGGACGUAAUCUCAAAGAGAGACCAGGGAAUGCGGGUGAUGUUCGACAUGACGCAGGGCCUCAGCGGCCACCACAUCACUUGUGGUGGCUUUUUCACAUCAUAUGACCUGGGGCAAAAACUCCUCAAGCGCAACAUGACUAUGGUUGGCCCAAUAUUGCGCAAAAAGCCAGAGCUGCCGCCGGAGAUUUCCACACUGAAGGAGAGGAAAGUGACAUCCUCAGAGUUUUUAUAUACAGCCAAUACUACUCUGGUGUCGUACAUAUCACGGAAGGGCAAAAAUGUGAUACUGAUGAGUACACUGCAUCGAGAGGGACAGAUCAGUGACAGGGAAGACAAGAAACCGGAGAUGAUUCUGCAUUAUAAUGCCACAAAAGGAGGGGUAGACAAUUUAGACAGGUUGAUGGCCUGUUACAGCUGCCAACGAAAGACUUUACGGUGGCCCCAUAUGAUCUUUUAUAACAUGAUGGAUAUAUCCGCAUACAACGCUUUCGUGAUCUGGCUGGCAAUACAGCCAGACUGGGAAAAAAGUAACUCCAAUAAGCGUUGGAGAUUGUUUCUAGAGGAGCUGGGAAGGGAACUUGUGCUUCCUCACAUCCAAAGAACAGAGAGGAUUCCAAGGGCUCCGGCAGCUGCUUUGGUGAUAAGAAGGUUUCGAGUGGAGGCUGCUGUAACGACAGGUGCAGGAUUCAACCCUCCGCUGCCUACAGCUGCCGCUGGUGGUGUAUUGGAGAAACGCUGCCAGGAUUGUCCCCCUUGGAAGGACGCAACGACGGCUUCCGUGUGCACCACCUGCAAGAGAUUUAUCUGUGUGAAGCACAGAGUGAAGCUCUGCUUCGGAUGCGUGUAGUGUGGGAGUAGACGAAAUAUGAACGUAGGGGCCAAACCAUUAUGACCUCUCCCAUGUGAAGCGAGUAACGUCGCCUGUCUUGUAGAAACAGUGCAUGUCAAAGUCUAUAUGUAUCAAUGUUAGUUGAUACUUCACUUUUCGGUCUGUACUUUCGGACUGUGGAUGGUAGCGCGCGCUAAUUUUAGAUUGAUGGAAUAAUGUUGAUUUUUAAAAAUACUGUAUUCUGCAGUGUAAUGUCUGGACAGUAAAAUUUAUCUGGACAGUAAAAAUUAGACAGGCAGAUACCUUCGCAUCUCCAGCAACUCUUCUGCUUUUUCUUGAUUGACCUCUUGCUGCCACCUGCUGGAAAUGCCUAGUAGAUUAUCUUGCAGUGUGCAGACGACAGAACAUUGUGUUCUAUUGUAACCUGCGAUUUAUGACACGUUGUAACUGCUCACCGGUUAAAGGCUCAUGUCUUCAACUUAGACAAAUGUGCAAAGUUGCCGGGCAUAGUUGUUUUUGACCCAGAAAAUGCCACAGUGCAAGUUGUGCCUCUGUAUUUCUGUGAAUGAUAUAAUCGUUUAUCCGUAAUUGCUUCAGAAUUUUUAUUUUUGUCAAAAAUAGUUUUUGUUGGUCUGUGUUCCUAAUCGCUAUUAAUAGCCAUGUAUUGUGUUGUAACUAAUACGUUUUCUUUAAGUAUACUGAAGAUUGGUAAUAAUACAGUUUUGUAUUUCUGUAAGGCUUUAAAGUUGUAAAUAUGACCUGUGUCACUUUGACCUGGGCCAACACUCCCAAAGCACACAAUAUCUCAGCACGUGCCCAGUUUUAGAAAAAGUACUUUUUCAUUUUUUUAACCGGAGUGAUGAAUAGUGGUAAAACCAUACAGUUAUUCUUUGACACUAGCUGAGAUACUGAAACAGCUCUGUUUUUCACUGUUCGUAGUGUGCUUGUUUCAUUUUUCACUAUGUGAUGCUGCUAUCCCAAGAUCAUCCUCGAUCCCGCACCAUAUUAUAUACCUCUUCUGGGUAUUCAUUUCUUUUGGGUCACUGAUUAUUAAGUGAAAUACUUACUUCAGACUUCAGCAUGUUUAAGAUGAUUAACCUUGUUAAUGAUUUACUUGUACAUUAUAAGUAAAAGGAAGCCUGUUUGACUGA